AUGGAAAUGAAUUAUUGUAUGGUAUGUUCUGACAAAGCCACUGGUAUACAUUAUGGAGUAUUAUCAUGUAACGGAUGUAAAACAUUUUUUAGAAGAAGUAUUAUAAAAAAUAAAAAAUAUACAUGCUUAGAGUCAAAUAAUUGUAAUGUUUCAAAAGUAGAAAGAUGUUCUUGUAAAAGUUGUAGAUUUAAAAAAUGUAUCAAUGUUGGUAUGAAUAAAUCAGCAAUACAAAAUAAUAGAGAUAAAAUUGGUUAUACAAAAAGAAAUAUUAAAAGAAAUAAUAUUAGUAAUAAUUUUAAUGAAAAAUUUAUGGUAAAUAAUUUUAGUGUUUCACCAAUUGGAAAUGAUUCUAUAAAUAUUUCUGGAUUUACAAAUGAAAAUAUUAAAAUUUGUAGAGCAAAUUUAAAAAAGUUAAAAAAACUUGAAGAAACUUUUACAUUACUUUUAACACGAGGAAAAUUAGAAGCAUAUCCUAAUUUAAAUGUUGGAUUAAAUUCAUCUUCUCGAUUUUCAAAACCAAUAGAUGUAACAUAUUCAGAUCCAAUAAUUCAACCAACAAAAACUAAUGAAAAAUAUAAAGUACCAUUUUGGAGAUCAAGAAUAAUAACAUUGUAUGUUGAUUGGGCAAAAACAUUUAAAGCAUUUAAUAAACUUCCAUACUCUGAUAAAGUUUGUUUAAUAAUUAAUCAUGCACCUAGUUAUAUUGCAAUGUGUGAAGCUUUCAGAACACCUGAACAUAUUUUAGAUAAAAUUGAACAUCCUGAUGGUCAAUCAUUUUCAGAUAACUUUCCUGAAAUAUUUAUACAAAAUCCUAGUUUAAAUACAUUAACACCAGCAAUGAGAAUAGCUUAUGAUUUUAUAUAUAAACCAUUUAGGUGUCUUCGUAUCACAACAACAGAAUUUGCCAUUCUUCAAGCUAUAAUGCUUUUUGAUCCAGAUACUAAUGGAUUAGGAUUUGCCUCACAAAGAAAUGUUAUAGCUGAACAAAAAAAGAAUAUUAAUACUUUAUUUUAUUAUAUUUCUAAAAGUUUUUUAAAUGAAGAAGAAGUAAAUCAAAGAUUUGGAGAUAUAAUUCUUAGAAUUCCAACAAUUAGAAGAGUAGCAAUAAAAAUUAGUGAAUCACUAGAAUUUUCAGACAUGUUUCAAUGUUAUCAAAUUAGUUCAAUAGUUAAAGAAACAUCAAUGCCUGAUCAUAAUUUUAUUUAG